CUGCUAUCACAAAGGCACAAUUUAGUAGGAUCCUUCCUCUGAACGUGCAACCUUUCCAAGGUUACAUCUCGCCAGCAGCUGAGAUCUUUACUGAAGCAACACACUACUCAUUUGUCACUUACCAUAUAAUUCAACAUGGCAACUCGAUGGGGACUCUGUGGAGCUGGAAAGAUCAGCCAUGACUUCAGUGUGGCCAUGAAGACUCUGCCUCCUGGAGAUCAUCAGAUUGCUGUCAUUGCAUCGAGGAGUAUUGACCGUGCCAAAGAUUUUGCCCGGAAGCAUGGUAUUCCUAAGGCUUACGGCAGCUAUGAGGAGCUGGCCAAUGACCCAGAAAUUGAAACUUGUGUUCCCACAGACAUUGUAUAUCUGGGAGUGCUGCAUACAGAACACUGGAGAGUUGGCAUGCUGUUCCUCAAGGCUGGGAAAAACGUGCUGUGUGAAAAACCCUUUGCUAUGAACUCCAGAGAGGUGAAAGACCUCGUUGCCACAGCCAAGAAAAACAAUGUCUUCCUGAUGGAGGCCAUCUGGUCCCGCUGUUUCCCUGUGUAUGCUGAGGUGCGCAGGCUGCUGGCAGAGGAGGCGGUUGGGGAUGUGAAGCUGGUAAAAGGCUACUUUGGCUCCCCUCAGCUCGACAUUCCCCGGUCAGUGCAGAAGGAGCUGGGUGGAGGAGCUCUGCUGGAUAUCGGAGUGUACUGCCUGCAGUUUGUGUUGAUGGUGUUCAAUGGUGAAAGGCCAGAGUCCAUCCAAGCCACAGGGGUGCUGCUUGACUCAGGAGUGGAUGAAUCAGUGGCUGUGACGAUUAAAUUCUCCAGGAAGAGGAUGGCCUUGUGUGCCUUUUCAAUUGCAGCCAGACUUCCAAAUGAUGCUGUCAUUGCGGGCACUAAGGGUUCCAUUAAAGUUCUUGACCCCAUGCACUGCCCCACCAAACUGGUGGUGAAUGACAAGGAAACAGAGUACCCUCUGCCUGAGCCGUGUCUCCCUCUGAAUUUUACCAACAGCACCGGGCUGCGCUAUGAGGCAGCAGAAGUGAGGCAGUGCCUGCUUAAAGGACUUAAGGAGAGCCCACGGAUGCCUCUGGCAGAUUCUGUCUUGCUGACGGAGAUCAUGGAUGAAAUCAGGAAACAAGUGGGAGUUGUCUUCAGCCUAGACAGCCAGUGACGCCACUGUCAAGCAGAGCUGUUUCACCUGACCAAAUCCUACUAAGAUGUAACAGAAGAAUUUGCUUGAGGCAGCUGGAAUGAGCAGAUCAAUCAGAGCACCAUGUGACAAAGCAUGGCAGCUGUGAUGGAAUCAGUAAAUUUUUGGAAUAUGUAAAUGUUGGUUGCAUUAUUAGGCAGUUUGCUCUCCGUAUAGUCUUUUUAGCUUCAAUAUAGACCCAUGAUAGCUCAAAACAUAGUUAUCCUACCCCAGAUCUACUAUGUAAAUACCGUGAAAUACACUACAUGAGAAACAUUGCCAAAUUUUGUAUUACACAGAUUAAGCAGAGAGAUUGAAAAUAUGAUUUAAACCAGAUGAAUCGCAACGUAAACAGAUAGAGCUACUGCCUUGUGUGUCACCAUCCUGUAAUGAAGUCCUACUCCUUUAAAGAUAAACCCAGCUGUCACUGUGAGGUGUGUGAUUGAUGAAUCCAAUAAAGGGCUGAUUGUGAAAGCCAUGUUUCAUUUCAAAUAUCAUCCGCUGGAGAGAAGAAGAGACUUCGAGUGGCACAUUUGAAUCAAAGUGUUCUGUCAUGUCUGACCCUUGCAGCAGUGUACAAAUAGAUUCAAAAAUAGGUUGCACUGUCUGAUUUUCAAGGUUAGGACUUAGAAAGGUUUUUAUGAGUCAGCGAAGGGUAUGGCUCAUUUAAUACUUGGUCUCAACCUAUAGGCUCACAUGACUGAUAAAAACUGAAGAAUGUUUCACUGAUAUAAAAUUUACCCCUUAAAUUCAAAAUGAUAGAUUUUGAUUAUUUGAUUAAUGGAUGAUAUAAUUAUACAUAUAUCUCUCUAUACAUCCUAUGCUGUGUGUCUUAGUUAAAAUAGGCUAAAUAAAUGUGACAUGCAGCUUUAAACAAGGUAGUAACAAAUAUCAGCUCUAACAUGGCCCCUUGUCUUUUGAGAAACAAGUGAGCUGAAGUGAUUUAUGUCAUAUAAACAAAUAAAUGAUACUUUCCAUUUCAAAAUCAACAGUAGCUCAAGAUAUACCUAGAGUAGUUAUUAUGCCAUGAACCAAAGUUUAGACAACAACAAAAUAUACAACUAAUUUACAACUGAUGUGAUUGUAGUAGAAUAAAGUUAUAUCAAACUAAACACAUAACAGACUAAUUAAAAAUAUUGCAAGUAUUAUCGUAGGUAUUUUACCAAUCCAAAGGAAAAUUAAAAUGCCAGUGCAGCUUGAUUAAGACGAAUUUUUAACAUUAGUCAGCACAAAACAUAAAGCAAGGAAAUAAAAGUCAGUGUAGUGUUAUUACACAUCGAUUGAAGGCAAAGAGCUCCCCUUAGUGGGGUUAGACGAAAUAAGAAAUUGGAACAAAAAAGCACAUUGGUUUAAAUGCUCUCCUUUCAUGGCUAAUAUUAGAAUUCGGUUUUUAAUACCACACCGUCUGCAUGGUGUUAUUUUUAUUCCACAAAUGCAAUAAAUUUUAAGAAGACACAUUAAUAGCUCCAAUGCUGGCAGCACUUUCUGGAAAAUGUCUGGAUGGCUGCUAAAAAUGUAACAGAAGCAAUCCGCUGUAUCGUUCAACAAUACUGCAACAAUAUUGCUUCAAAAUUUACAUAGCUGUUGCAUUUUAGCUUUUGCCUUUAUUUCAAUUGUAUUUUAAAUGCAUUCAUGUGGUGAUUUUGCAUUUUUGUAAUCCUAAAACAUUUACACUGUUUCUGUGUUUGUGAAUGUUUUUAAUAUGUAUUUAUUUAUUCCAUCUUUUUUCUUUUGUAGCAUUUUGUUUCUUUUCAUUGAUUCAAAGCUAUAUUAUAUAACAAUGCAAUGCCCGUAUCUCCAUAUAGAAACUGUAAUGCAAAAAUAUUGGCAAAUUAAAAAAGUUACG